AUGGUGCGCAACAUGCUCAUCUUCUCGGGCAACUCCCACCCGCAGCUCACCGACGACAUCUGCACCGUCCUUGGAAUCCCGCCCGCGAAAAUCCACUUGAGCAAGUUCAGCGUCGGCGAGACGCAGGUGGAAGUGGGCGAGAGUGUUCGCGGCAAGGAUGUCUACAUUGUGCAGUCGGCGUGCUCCAAGCCGAAUGGUGCCUCUUUAAACGACGGCCUCAUGGAGCUGCUCAUCACUAUCAGCGCAUGCAAGACGGCAAGUGCAAAACGGGUGACGGCUGUUCUACCACUCUUUCCAUACUCGCGCCAAAGCGAUCUGCCCUAUAACAAGGUCGGCGCCCCACUCGCCCGGAUGCCGGCCAAGACGGAGGAGAACAGCAGGUAUACGUACGAGUCGCGGCCGGGAACGCCAGGCCCGAGUUCGAUGGGUGCGCGCGACGAGAAGCUGGAAAAGAAGCUGCAGGGRAUGAGACCAAUGAGCGAGUUGCGCCUACCAGGAGCGAGGAAGGACACAUUGGAAAGUGUACAAUCGGAGGAGCCGGCGCACAACGGACAUGCAAGAGACACAAAACCGCCCGAGUUCAAGCCACAGCGAGGAUACAAGCAGUGGGUCGCGCAGGCCGGUACACUCAUUGCUGAUUUGCUCACAUGUGCUGGAGCGGACCACAUUAUUACAAUGGACCUGCACGAUCCGCAAUAUCAGGGCUUCUUCGACAUUCCGGUGGACAACCUUUACGGAAGGCAUCUGCUGAAGAGAUACAUUGCCCAAGACAUCAUGCCUCACUCCGGUGGUGUUGAUCGAUGUGUGAUUGUCAGUCCAGAUGCUGGAGGUGCAAAGCGUGCGACCAGUAUUGCAGAUUCGCUAGGCAUGGAGUUUGCUCUGAUUCACAAGGAACGCCGCGUACACAACACACAACGACCACACGAGGUGCUCAUGGAGAAUGGCUCUCGCAACAACUCCAGCACAUUGCUACUAGUCGGUCAUGUCAAGGAAAAGAUUUGCAUUCUGAUCGAUGACUUGGCUGAUACAUCAAACACAAUUACUCGAGCAGCCAAACUUCUCAAACGGGAAGGUGCUACGAAGGUGUACGCGCUCGUCACCCAUGGCGUGCUCAGCGGAGAUGCAGUGGAGAGAAUCUUCCAUUCGGGGCUUGACAAGGUCCUGGUGACCGACAGCGUGCCCCAAGAUGAGCACAUUCGCAAGAUGGAAGAAUUGGCCGUGCAAUACAACAAACCCAGCGGCAAGCUCGAGGUGUUGUCAGCAAUUCGGCGGGUGCACAACGGUGAGAGCAUCAGCUCCCUGUUCCAGUACGAUUAA